AUGCUCAACUUCGCUCUAAUGCCAAUCGCUUUGAUCUACCUUAUAUGUGCCAUAAUUGGAGUUAUCGGAAAUCUCAUCAUGGUUAUUGUUUUCGUCAAAGAACCGUGAGUCUUGGCGCGACAAUUCGGGUUACUGUAGAUUUUUUCGCGCGAAAAUUUGGAGCAUUUUGAUACUAAAUAAGGCUGGGUUUGAAAAAAUUUCGAAUUUUAUAUAGUUUUAAGGUUUGAUACUCAGUCAACCCUUGAGGUACGCAGCUAAAUUUAAACAUUUUCAAUUUGGCUGCGUACCUAAAGACGUUAGAUACUUAGCUAAUCCUCAAGGUACGCAGCCAAAUUUUGAUCUAAAAAUUCAAAUUUUCCAUAUAGUUCAAACGUUUGAUACUCAGUCAACCCUCGAGGUACGCUGCUAAAUUUGAACAUUUUUAAUUUGGCUGCGUACCUCUGGACAUUAGAUACUCAGCUAAUCCUCAGGGUACGCAGUCGAAUUUUGAUCUUAAAAUUCGAAUUUUCCAUAUAGUUUUAACGUUUGAUACUCAGUCAACCCUUAAGGUACGCAGCUAAAUUUAAACAUUUUCAAUUUGGCUGCGUACCUUGGGACAUUAGAUACUCAGUCAUCAAAAUUUCGAAAAACUAGGCAUAUUUGGUAUCAAAAUACUCCAAAUUUCGCGCCGAAAAAAUCUACAGUAACCCGAAUUCGCCACGUUUCAGCAAAUUCAAAUACCCGUGCAACUAUCUGAUCACUUUGAACUGUCUGGCUGACGCUUUUCACCUGGCCGGACAUUUUGUGUUCAAUUUUCAGAUUUUCACCGAUAGUAGGUUUUUUGGCGGGAAAAUUCGGGUUACUGUAGAUCAAAAAUCAAUUUUUUAAAGGCACAUGCUCACCCGCCACGUGUUAUUCCCUACUUUUUCUGACCGUUGUGGGUUACUGUAUCUCGGGACCAUUAUUGUUGGCCAUUGGAAUCGAUCGAUAUUUUAGCUGUAAAUUUCCGUUACUGUAAGUGGUACUGUAGGUUUUUUUCGAAAAAAAAAAUUUAGUUCCCAUGGGGGCUCGAACCCCUGACCUUUUGCUUGGUAAAUUUUGGCUUGAUUUUGAAAUUUCGAACAUUUUGAUAUCAAAUAAGCUGAAAAACAAAAAAUUAAAAAAAAAAUUGAUAGUUCCCAUGGGGGAUCGAACCCGUGACCUUUUUCUUGGUAAAUUUUGGCUAGAUUUUGAAAUUUGGAGCAUUUUGAUAUCAAAUAUGCCAAAAAAUAAAAAUUUUGAAAAAAAUUUGAUAGUUCCCAUGGGGGAUCGAACUUCUGACCUUUUUCUUGGAAAAUUUUGCGCGAAAAACUCCGAAUUCAAUUUUUUUCCAGCUACCGUACCUCACUGGAUCGCUCAAAUUGGUAUCUUCUGGCUCAAUUAGCGUUUCCCGUCGGAUUUUCAGCCGGAAUUUUGAUCUACGCUUGGGGUCUAAGGGAUUUUGACAAGUAGGUCAUUUUUGGCGGGAAAAUCUACAGUGAGAUUUUCCACGCGGCGAAAUUUGGAGCAUUUUGAUACCAAAUAUGCCUUGGCUGAGUAUCUAAUGUCCCAAGGUACGCAGUCAAAAAAUACACGCGCGCUGCGAUUUUAUAUUGACAAUUUUCGGCAGCAGAGAAAAAAGAGGGCGUGGCCGAGUGGUAGCGCGCUGAGUUUUGAACCCGCAGGUGGCGAGUUCGGUUCCUGGUGCGCGCUAAUUUUUUUUUCCAUUCAAGGCAUGCUUGAUAUCAAAAUGUUCCAAAUUUCACGCCGAAAAAUCCAGGGUACUGUAGAUUUUUCCUACAGUAACCCAAAAAACAAUUUUGUUACAGUCAAAUAAUUUGCAUCGCUCCUCUGGCAAUUCAUCGAAAGGCCUUCGAAAUCUACACAUAUUCGAGUAUCGCCAUAAAUUGCGCAAUAUUUUUGAUCUACCUUGCCACGUCAUUUGUGCUUCGGGACUUCAAAGGUACUGUAGAGGAGUACUGUAGGUGUUUUCGCGCGAAAAUUUGCAGCGUUUUGAGACCAAACAUGCCUAGGGUUACUGUAGGUACAGUAACCCUAGUCAUAUUUGGUAUCAAAAUGCUCCUUACAGACCGUGGAGCUACGAAAAUGCGUCAAGUCUUCAAAUCGAUCGCCCUUACCGUAGUCUUCGUCCUCCUGGGUUGGACUACAGUAACCCUGGGGAAUACGGUAGUUUUUGUCGUCGUGGAUGACGUAGAUACUGUCGCGUUUUUCUCGAUUCACGCCGGUUUGGGUGUGAAUGUGUCGUGUGCUAUCAAUAUUUUUGUGUUCUACAAAAUCAAGUGGGUUUUGGCGGGAAAAUUCGCGGGGGGGUACUGUAGGAUUUUUCGCGCGCGAAAAUUUGCAGCAUUUUGAUACCCAAUAAGCCAUUAGAUACUCAGUCAAAGGUACGCAGUUAAAUUACACUAUUAAAGUGUAAAAUUUGGCUGCGUACCUUAUAUGUUAGCUGAGUAUCAAAUGCCCAUGGUACGCAGUGAGAUGGAAUGGUGUUAAAUUUGACUGCGUACCUAGGACAUCAGAUACUCAGCCAAGGUAUAUUUGGUAUCAAAAUGCUCCAAAUUUUCAUGCGAAAAACCCUAGCCAUGUGGAUUUUUUUUUCUGCAGCACGGAGUAUCGUUUGGCCAUCCGAAGCCUAUUUGGUUGGAAGGCCGACGUCGAACCCACGGGCUCUUCGGUGGAUAGAAGAACCAGUCUGGCCACGUCGAAAACAUUGCGGCGAACUUCGGGGAUUUGA